CCUACGUGAAGAUAAUCCACUGCCCCUUCAGUUUCGAUUUCGUAUUUGUGCCAGCACGCCGAACGAAUGAAAGUUGAUGUCACAUGAUGGUGUCAAAACCUUUUCAAACGUUGUGAAAGCGCGGCUGUCGUCAAACUCAAUUUUCAGCGUUGUACGAUGCCUACGCGGCUAAAUAAAGUAUAUCAUAGCGCGGCUAAAAAAAGCAUAGCUACAGGUCAAGAAAAUUAUAUUUAUAGUUACACAAAUUUUGAUCAGAAACACAAACACUGGCCAUGUCCAUGUCGGUUUGCGGUCGCGGGGCCACCGCGCUGAGGACAGCGGGACGUAGCAUGUCCGUUUCAUCGAGAGCGUCAGGAUGCUCACAGCUCCGAAAUGCUCCAAGAAUGUCUAGCAUGCACAAUGCGGCGCGACACUUUGCCUCACAAUCGCCAAUGGACGCAUUCGAACAAGUUUUGAACAAGGUAAAAUAGAAAAUAUUACACGGAUAGACUUUGACUAUUUUCGAACAGUACUAAGACGGAGGAUGAACAUACAAAUGACAUUGGUCUAAUCCCCGUGAUUUCUAUCGAAAUGAAUCCCACAAUAAAAAGUUCUUGUGCAGGGCAGCCAUGCCUUCGCGACGUGACCAAGAGUUCCACGGACAGCAUACUUUCCUCUUCAACAAAUACAGGUUCCAUCAGGUGUUAAGGAUGCCUUUCGCGAGCCGAUUGAAGGAUUAUCAAAAUCAAUGACGGGUCUCACUGACAAAUCAGUGGAGCACAUCUCUGGCGUUGUUCACGCGCUGAUCCUACUGUACUACAACAUUGAAUUCGAUUCUUUGCUCGAUAUGUCACCAUUGGUAUAUGCUGAACAAUACUACACCAGGGACACUAAAUUAUUUGUAAAUCAUCACCUUCACCAUACAUAGAGUGUCUGCGAGAGUAGGUACUACAAAAGUCGAUAAAAAUUUGUUUCCUCGUGCCUCCAAACCCAUCUAGGUCGCGGGCGAAUCUGAUCUCAGAGGCAGAGCUAGACGAAAAGCUUGCGAAGCUUCUACCUGAGAAGGCGAUUGCUUUGGUAAAAGAGCAGGCGAAGCUGAUGCCAGCUGACCCGUACAUGGUGAAAUUUGAGGAACUCAGUACCAAAAUAGAGGAGCUCUCAAAGAAAGUCGAUGGCUUCGCGAAACCCGCUGCCAAAAAGUAAAAGAUUCAGUUAUGUGCCGAUCAUACCAUCGUACGUAACGUAGUACGUGUGUAGUUAAGGUUGUGAAUACUGGAACUAAAAAUGGGCAUUUUUUGCGAUCACAAUGUAUCAUACGUACUGCAAAUGAAAUGGAAAUAGCGAUGAGGUUUUUGUCGACAAACAACUAUCAUGUGCUAAUUCUCGGUGGAGGCUGAUUUUUUCUUACUUAUCUGUCCUACAACUUUUCUCAUGUGGCCCACUGUGCGAUCAUACCGCAAGUAUGUUCAGGAUACUAUGGGCACGGGACACUAUCAUAGCUAAUGAAUCAAUUUCUAUUUCACAAGGACGAAGACGAGAAUGACAUCUAGCAGCGCAUUUCUCUAGGACUCUGUUCCGCACAUUAAGUCGCGUUUGACGAGCAGGUAAUCUUGUUUACGACUGGUACACGAAAUGGUCAUAGACAUCGAGUCGCCGCAGUUUUGAUCUGAA